CUUCACAGUGGCGGAGCCGAACACAGUGGCCAUCGCGUAACUCAGGUGACUCCUCGAUAUCCAUGCUCACGUUGCCACUUCAGCGCCAGCAGCUGCGACGGUCUGGCCGUUCACGUGGUGCAGAUGCACCGCGAGGAAUGGAUAUGUUCCGAAUGCGGGGCCGACUUCGACACGAAAACCCAGUGGCAGGAACACUGUCGCACGUACCACAGUUGUCAUUAUUCGCAGACGACCGACGCUUCUCAUGAAAAAGCCAUCAAGGAAGAGGGGGACAUCGCAGCUAACGACGGGGCACUCUGUCUGUCAUCGCUGUCGGUUGUCAAGCCGGAGAACGACGACGACAGUUACGGCAGUGCUGCCGGCAUUCCAAAAUACACUCGUAACUACGCGUGUCCUCACAAAUGCGGGUUCGGUACGCGUCAGUCGCGGGAUUUCCUGCACCACCUGCGGGACCAUCACGGCGAGAAGUUUGCCAUCUUCUACUGCGAUCGGUGUUCGUACGCGUCGAAGUUCCUGGCCAAGGUGAAACGACAUCAGACGCUGAUCCACGAGCGCGUUUUGCCGUCCUCGUCUCGAGGCGAGGGUCAUGGUCAGGUGUCGCCGGACGCGAUUUCCUUGCGGUCGUCGUCGCCGUCCUCAUCGUCGAACGUGGUUCACGCUCGAGACGGUGCCGAGGCUCGAGUGCCUUGCUCCGCUACUGAAUCGGACGUGCCCGGUUUCAGCAUCGACUACGAUGACGACGAAGACGACUACGGAGAAGAAGAAGCGGCCAGAACUGAGGAGGGCGAAGACUCGUACGAUAGCAAGCUUCUGAUCGACGAAAGCCCGCUGAAGCUGGUCGCUAAGGGA